CCAAACACCAAUUUAGCAAACUCGAUUGAAAUCGAGCUCGCUAAGUUGAUAUAAUCGGAGACGAAAUUUGGGUUGUGAUCAAGACCCGUUUUGACGACCGGAGAGUGGAGCUGGAGAAGAUGAGCCGCUGAUUUCGAUCGGUGAAUUAGGGCUUGAAUUUGGCGGGAAACCAUGGGAGGGAGCUUUAAAUGUGUCCAGGGUCCGAUCGAUUCAGUCUAUUUCUGAUUUUUUCUGAAGUAAUGGAGCAAAUAGCAAAACGGCGUCGUAUUAACGAAGGGGAAGAAGAAUUGAACCCUUUAUAUAUAAACUCUCAGUUUCACUGUUCAAAAUUAUCAGAAACAAUGAAAGGUUCGGAGUCUGGGGUUUCAAUGGCGAAAGAGAAGAAGAAGACGAUGAAGCCUCAAUUCGUUCCGGCCAAAGAUGAUAGCAAACCUGUGCUUCAAGACCCAAUUCUGAGGUCGGAUCCAAUUGAGACUGAGGAAGCUGUGCUGAGAUUGCCUCCAUUUUCACUAUUUCCAGAGCAUCAGGAAAAGGCUUGACGCCAAAAUGGGGUGAAAUGCUGUUUACUUUUACUGCGCUCUUGUUUUUACUAGUUGAAUGUUCAGUAGCUUCAAUGAGAUUAGAUGGUCCAAGAGUUGACAUUUCUACUGCAAUGUGAAUUGGAUUUGUGGGUUUCUUUAGAAGGCAUUGAACUAGUAUUUUGUGUGUAACUGGAUGAAAGUUGCAAUGAAGGUCUGAGUUGUGAAACACAUUGUUUUGCUACGAACCAUAUAACUAGUUUUGAAUUGCUCUGUG